AUGGAAAAUAUUAUACUGCACAAAACGAAAAUAUGCGAGUGCUCCAACGGCCUGCUUUCCAACGGGUUUAUACUGACAGAUAAUGCAGUGUACCCAGCAGACAGCCCGUGCGCGCCUGUUACCGAUAGAAUAGAAGAGUACGAGGGACCAGUAGGAUUCUAUGCGUCGCAGGAUGGAGAGACAUUUAAAGUUGCCACAGCAUCUGGGCACAUACUCAGAGCUGAGAAAAAAGAUAGGUACAGGUGGGAGUGUGCUGGAGAGAUGGACGAAACAGUGCUAGGCAUGUUUUUUAACCAAAACAGCGGAAACAUUCUUAUCUUUACAAAAAAGGAAAUACUUCUGCUCGAUAAAUACUUUGAUCUUGUCAGAAAAGAAGAGUACAAGGCCGAAAUACAAACGGUGCUUGAGAAGGAAGAGACACCAAGAAUCACAGCAGAGUGGUCUCCCGAUGGGAAGUACAUUCUUGUCUGCAUGGGCACCAUUAUUUCUGUAUUCGCAUACAACUUGGAGUUCAUUGCAGACACUUUGGUGGUGUGCAACAAAAUCAUGAACAGCAGGCUGAUGCAGACGAAGAAGUUUCUUAUGAACGAAAGUGCGUAUGUGGAUAGCGUCAAGAGAGUGUCUGUGCCAGAUGACACCUGCAUUGCCACCGAAGACACCUUGCAGAAGAACAGCGUUGUUUUUGAAAAAAGAUCUGAUUAUAAACUGGCCAGCUGGCACGACAGAUUCUCUCUAAUAUACGCAGUCACGCACGACAACUCCAUACACAUUCUAGAAAGAAAUGCGCUGAAGUAUAAAGAAGUGUACCACGUCAGAGAAUGCGACAAAAAAGAAGAAAACAUGGAGGAGAACAAUAUACACUUUAUUCGGUCGCGCAAAGACUGCCUGUACAUUGUAAACCAGGAGAAGCAGAGACACUAUUUGAAAGUGUACUACAUAAAAAACAACUGCAUCUACCUUAAAAUCAACCAAGAUCUAUCAGACAUCUGCACAAAGUCUGUCGACUGCGUCAGAGAUGUAGUGGUCACUUCGCAGUAUGAUAUAAAAAUAGUAACAAACAAUGAAAUAGUAGAACUAAGCCAGAAAGCCUGUGUUAACAGGACAGAAAGUGACGUAAUUGACAUAGAUGGAUCUAGAGUUAUCAUGUACAACCUGCUGAAGUGUCCAAUACCCCCACCACUGUACACGCGGCAGAUAAAGCUAGAGGGCGUUCCUUCUCAUUUAUCUGCACAUUCCAACGGCUAUAUUAGCUACACCGUAAAAAAGAAAAAGUACAGUCUAAUGAUAAACACCGAGAAUAACGGCACAGUGGAAGAAAGAGUCAACAGUUUGUCUCUUGGAAUGAAGACCACAGAGAUACCCAGUGUAGUAGAUCGAAUGGAAAUGCUCAUAAAAGACCGUAAAGCAUAUCUUACAUUAAACAACACCACGCUCAAGAUCAAAAUAGGCGGAAAGGAGAGUAAAAUAGAAAAUGUAACGUCAAUGGCGCCUGUGUGCACAGAUGCACACUAUUUGCUUGCUUCUAUAAAAUCACAGGCAUGGACAGAAGUAUACAAAAUUUCACUAAACAGCACCACAGACGAAAUAACACAGGAAAGAGUGGCCAAAACAGGAAAAGAGAGUAGAAUAGUGUUUGCAUCUAAAAUGUCAGUAAUUAUGAUGGACACUUACGGAAUGCUGGAAACAUUCUACCCCGCUUUUAUGCUGGAGCACCAGGUGGAUAUUUUCAUCAAAAAACGAGACAUUGCAUCUGCAGUUGCGCUAGCAAAGAAACACGGGCUGUCGAUAGCACGCUUUUUGGAUGCAAUUUCAUGCGAAUUGGAGAGUGGUAGAAUCCAGCCCAGAACGCUCUUUGAAAUAGUAAAGCUGCUUUUCAAUGAAGAUGAGUCAUCGGGGUGGAUGAUAGACAAGAUAGAAAACUACGCCGUGCAGCAAAUACUAGAGUCUCUGCAAUCCGAGAAUGCCAAUCCAAACAGCAGUGUAUUUGCGUGGUGCAGUAUAGCAGUUGAAGUGUACUUGUACAAGAAGAAGCCAGAGCUUAUUGUCCUGCUCGCAGAGAGAUUUACAAAAAAAGAAGAAAUAUCACCGAAUGCGUUCUUUCUCCUUGGUGAGCACGAGAUCGCCAGAAAAAUCAUUGAAAAGUGCAUUGGCGCCAUCUCUUCAGAUGUUCUCCUGCAGUGUGCUCUCAACAGGUAUGCAUACACCCUGUGCUACAUAAUCCUUCUGUGCACAGACACGCCUCAGGAUGUAACAAAUGACGUUCUUCUGGUGGAUGGCUCUGAAAAUAUCAACCCAUUUAAUAUGGAAGAAGAGAUGGAAAGAAGGCUUAAAAUAGCAAGAGUUGCAAAAGACAAGAAAAAACAAACUAUCUAUCUCAUCAAAAAAUACAUAGUAAACACUCUGGCACCCCAAGACCCUUCUUCAGCAGUGUGGGAUCAGCAGAUAAAAGAGCUGAAGCUCUCCAUUGAAAAAGAGUAUAUCCGAGAUUUCUACCAGUAUCUGUUAGAUGCUGACCUUUGCACCGACAGCGACUGGACGUUUGGAGAUGACACAAACACCAUAAAAAGUGUUGCAGAGUCUCUUCUAAUGCAGUCUGGAGACAGUCUAUCGAAAGAAGGUGACAAUGAAGAUGCGCUAAACUGCUAUCUAAAAGCUGGGCCAUCAUCUGCUGAGAAAGUGCGCAGCUUAAGAAUGAAACUUGGAAAGUGGGAAGACCUGUUUAUGGCGCCUGAAAUGCGAACAGCAGAAAACAUCCAAAAGAUGGAGGAAGUUCUUCUAUCACAGAAGAAUGUGCGGGCAGCUGCUCUGCUGAAUGUGAGAUACGGAGUUUUAGCUAAAGGCAUAAAGUACCUCAUUGAAAUAGAAGACUACAACAGAGUACUGGAGAUUGCUGAAAAAGAAAAUAUGGAAAAUGAAAUACAAUUUACGAUAAAAUCACUCACUCAGAAGAUCAAAUCGUAUGCAAACAGUGUGCAAAGCACAAUAGAGAAGUACAAAGAAAACAGUGCGCGCCUUCAGACAGUGCGAGAGAGAAAAGACAGGGAAAGAGCAGAAAUCCUUGAUGGAAUGUUCGCAGAUGAUGACUGUGAGACCGUCUACACCCGCUCAUUCAUAACAAACACAUUCCUAUCUGGCAGCCAGUCCACAAACACAAAGAAAAAAAGAAGAAGCUCCAAGCUGAGAAACACAGUGGGAGGAAGAUACGAAGAAGAGUAUGUGCAGUACGUGCUCAGCGAGCUGAUUCUUCAAGCCAGAUCCCAAACUGAGCAUGUCAUGAAAAUAGAGGAAAUAGCUGAAAAUAUCCGAACAAAGUAUGAACUAUCACACCGCACAGACUUGUGUGCCAUUCUUGGAGAGUUUAAAAAUGAGAAAAGCGUCUAUGAUAAAGAGCUAUGCGUCUUUUUAGAGCUGUUUACUAGGACAAAAGAGACAGACUUUGCAUCCCUUAACACAGAAGAUGAUCCUCUGUACGACCCAGAGCGUCCUUUCAUACCUGAGCCAGAGAGCGGAGUAAUUCCUGAUUAUUUGAAGAGAUAG